AUGCCGACUCUGGUGAUGCCGAAGGACGACCAUGAACGAGAACGAAUGCGCUGGCAGAGUAAACUGAGUGAUUUGAAACAGGCGCUGAAGCAGUCUGAAGAAUGCAACGCGGAACUGACGCAGUGCAAGGCAGAUUUGAUUCGGAAAUUGAAGGAGUCAGAAAAGAUGCAAAAAAAUUUGCAAGAAACCUCGCGCAAGGUGCAGGAGAAGAUGAAAAGUGCCGCUGGAAUAGAGGCUAAAAAG